CUGACCUUGAGCUAACAGGGGAGGAGACCCCACCAGUGGGAGAGUGUGAGGGGAGAGGGAGAGCCUACAGGGCAGACACCGAGGACCUCUGGUCCUGUGACUCUCCCAUCCCCAGCGCCCUCUGAGCCGCUGGUCACCAUGGCUGCUUCAAAGGGCUCCGGAGAGGAGGAAACCACCAUCCUCAUGGCCAAAGAAGAGCUGGAGGCCCUGCGCACCGCCUUCGAGUCGGGCGACCUCCCGCAGGCCGCCUCUCGCCUCCGGGAGCUGCUGGCCUCCUCCGAGACCACCCGCCUGGAGGUGGGUGUCACAGGCGAGUCGGGCGCAGGCAAGUCGUCGCUCAUCAACGCCCUUCGUGGCCUGGGGGCUGAGGACCCCGGCGCGGCUCUCACGGGCGUUGUGGAGACCACAAUGCAACCCUCGUCCUACCCGCACCCGCAGUUUCCCGACGUGACCCUGUGGGACCUGCCCGGGGCCGGCUGUCCCGGCUGCCCCGCUGACAAGUACCUGAAGCAGGUGGACUUUGGCCGCUACGACUUCUUCCUGCUGGUCUCGCCCCGCCGCUGUGGGGCCGUGGAGACCCGCCUGGCCUCCGAGAUCCUGCGCCAGGGCAAGAAGUUCUACUUCGUGCGCACCAAGGUCGACGAGGACCUGGCGGCCACCCGCAGCCAGCGGCCCUCGGGCUUCAGCGAGUCCAUGGUCCUGCAGGACAUCCGCAGCCACUGCGCCGAGCGGCUGCGGGCGGCCGGGGUGCCCGACCCUCGCAUCUUCCUCGUGUCCAACCUCUGGCCCAGCCGCUACGACUUCCCGCUGCUCCUGUCCACCUGGGAGCACGACCUGCCGGCGCACCAGCGCCACGCCGGCCUGCUGUCGCUGCCCGACAUCUCGCUGGAGGCCCUGCAGAGGAAGAAGGACAUGCUCCAGGAGCAGGUGCUCAAGACGGCCCUGGUGUCAGGCGUGAUCCAGGCGCUGCCCGUGCCCGGGCUGGCGGCCGCCUACGACGACGCCCUGCUCAUCCGCUCGCUGCGCGGCUACCACCGCAGCUUCGGCCUGGACGACGACUCGCUGGCCAAGCUGGCCGAGCAGGUGGGCAAACAGGCAGGCGACCUGCGCUCGGUCAUCCGCUCCCCGCUGGCCAACGAGGUCUCCCCCGAGACGGUCCUGCGGCUCUACUCGCAGUCGUCCGACGGCGCCAUGCGGGUGGCCCGGGCCUUCGAGAAGGGCAUCCCCGUGUUCGGGACGCUGGUGGCCGGUGGCAUCAGCUUCGGCACUGUCUACACCAUGCUCCAGGGCUGCCUCAACGAGAUGGCGGAGGACGCCCAGCGGGUCCGCAUCAAGGCCCUGGAGGAGGAGGAGUCCGAGCCUGAGGCCAGCCUGGAGGCAGCCGGGGACAGCAGCGUGGAGAAGCGGGGGGCCGGGGAGGGAGGCAGCGAGGAAGCCCCGCUGUCCACCCGCCGCAAGCUCGGCCUCCUCCUCAAGUACAUCCUCGACAGCUGGAAGAAGCGCGACCUGGAAGAGAAAUAGAAGCUCGUCCUCCCGCCUCCCCCACAAACGAAGCCUUAACAAAGCCAACCAAC